AUGCAAUCCAUGCAAAGACAAUUUGGGAAAUUGCUCCACAAGAGUCCUGGAGAUAAUGCCAAGGUCGCCGUCUUAUUGAACGAUUACGAAGAUGCUGAUAGAGUUCUUGUUAAGAUCAUUGACCAUACCAAAUCAUGGCGCGAAUCCUGGAUCAAUCUGGCUAUGGCGCAACUGGGCAUAGUCACAGAAUAUGAUGGCCUCUGGGAUCCCAUAGUUGGUGCCUCAGACGGCCACGGAAAACCAACCGCAUCCACCCCAGAACUUCAACUCGAACGUACCUUGAAACUGAAAGAAGUUUAUACCGACCUAAAAGCAGAAGUGCUCGACGAAGUUGGCCUCAUCGAGUCGACUAUCAUCAGGCCCGCCACAGAUGCACGGGAUUGCAUUGCCCCCUUAAGGAAGACAAUCAAGAAAAGAGAAAACAAGAGGUUAGAUUAUGAGAAGUGUCAAGACAAGGUCAACAAGUUGCAAAGAAAGUCGGGUCGAAGCCCUAAGGAAGAAGCAGCUUUGUCGAAGGCCGAGGGUGAAGUUGCGCGGGCAGCUGAGGAAUUUCAUGCUGCAGAUUCGCAUCUGAGGGAGACAUUACCACCCCUUGUAUCUGCGACUUUUAACUUAAUACCACCACUCAUAGGAGGAGUGGUUAUGAUUCAGAACCGACUCCUCGGCCUAUACUAUACCACACUUCACAACUAUUGCCAGGAUUAUGACUUUCCGUCGCCACCACCCCCAAUGGAAAGCGUAGUAUCCAUGUGGUCAGCCGAUUAUGAACCCAUUAAGCGCGAAGUCGAAUCAAUAACGUGCAUUGCAACAGGCAAAGCCGUCAAACAACCCAUGAAGCUACCAGAUGAUCCAACCAAUAACGAUGAACGGAAACCAUCCACGUCGUCCAUGACUUCCGCAGGGGAGAAUGGAUUUCGCCGUUCAUCCUCUGGGCUCAUCGGAAGUAGUAGUGCCGCACCUCCUGCGCCUGGUCCGCGGCCGAAUCGGAUCCCUUCAUCAACAUCACUAGCAUCCCAGGCAAGCACCGGAGCACCAAGGCCUACCUUUGCCAAUCAUCUUACCCCUACCGAUUUUACUACUGCUUCGCGGCUUGGGCAGACAUUAUCGCCCGCUAUUUCCCCAGGGUCGACUCAGCCGAGAGCGGAUUACUUCGGCCGGCCUUCGACCGCGUCGACAUCAGCAUCUACUACCUCGCUCAACACAACUGCUAACAUGGCCUCUGUUGCGGUCAAAAAGAAGCCACCGCCACCCCCGCCGCCAAAGAAGCUUGGAUUGAACCGACUAGAAGAAUUCGUAGUCGCCCAAUACGACUUCACCGGACAGAACGCGGGUGACCUAUCUUUCCGUGAGGGUGACAGGAUAAGAAUCGUGAAGAAAACCGGCACGGACCAGGACUGGUGGGUUGGCGAGUUAGAUGGGUCCAGGGGUAACUUCCCAGCAAAUUAUUGCAAAGCACCUUAG